AUGUGGAUGGAGGUGAACAGCAGCGCCGUCGCCUCCGGGAUACAGAAUGAAAGUCUCCGCGCUGUUCUUGUUCUGUUCCUCUCUCGUCUUGACUUGGGCGUACACGGGCGAUCGGCAGGAGGGAUGCACCGCCUGGGCCUCUCUCGGACGUCCUCGACCAACUCCCGCGACCGCAAGGGCAAGUCCCCCGAGGACAAAGGAAAGAAAGGUCACAGGAAUACUUCCAUCCCUCGCGAGGCCCCUCCAGCCCCAUCCCGGAAGUCGGAUGAGUAUGACGAGCAGAAAGGAAAGAAAGUCGCCUGGGCCUCGAGAGCGGCAGAGGGCGACCGGCCUCGACGCACCCGGUCCGCUCAAGCACAUGGGUCAAGAAAACAAUUUUCUACUUUCUCUGCUUGUCCUGCUCACCUGGAGUCGCUAGCGUGCGAGGUCCCUGCUCUGCCUCCUUCCGCGGCCGACGGAACGAGGUCACCCCAUGGCCUAGGCUGCUAUGAUUUCCGAUCCCUUGAUGCAGUUGUCACCGGCCACUGCCUCCAGAUUUCACUCCCGGCAGAUGAGAAUGACGAGGCAAAUAAUUUCCAGGUGUCGGGUCAGGUCCCCAGUCAGCUGAUCCCUGGCUUCGAGGUGGCCUUCCUCCGGAGACAUUGCAGAGCGUCUACUCUGCAAUUAAUGGCUGGUAACAAGCAACAAGUUGUCCACUGGAAUGAUGGGAACGGACCCGCCGUGGCCAUAACUGGUGUGGCGUGGCCCCGCCGUUGGCCACGACAGGCGCUGGCCAGAAGUGAGAGUAGGUAUAAGAAGCGGCGCGGGAGUCGCGGGCCUCACUGGGUGGACGGCGCUCCGACACUGCGGAUUUCUCACCUUUCUCACGUCUCCCGCGUUGCCGCUUCCCUCGCCUCUGCGCGGCCAGGUGCUGGUCGUCGUCCGUGCCUGUCAGUCUCCUGCCACUCCCGCCUUAGCUCCGCCACGAUGAUGCGUCUCCUGGUGCUGGUGACGGCAGCCUGCCUCGCGCACUCCCUGCCCUUCCCCGACCAUCCGCCCGCAGGUGGUUUCCAGCCCCUCCACGGAUCGCGAGGCUCAGGUCCCGCCUCUGGCUACGGCGCCCCCCCUCCUCCGUCCCCCGGCUACGGCGCCCCGGGGCCCGCAGGAAGCACCCCGACCAAGACCAUCUACGUGAACGUCCCUCACCCCGAGCCCCAAAAGCCGCUGCCCCCCGUGGCCGCCGGCCCCCCGCGCAAGCAUUACAAGAUCGUGUUCAUCCGCGCUCCUGCUCCCCAGCCGCCUCCUCAGCCCAUCCUGCCACCGCGCACUGAGCAGAAGACGCUGAUCUACGUGCUGCACCAGAGGCCCGAGGUGCAGGAACAACAGGUCAUUCAAGUACCAAGCGUCAAACACAACCCAGAGGUGUUCUUCGUGCAGUACGAUAAUCCGCCGACAGCUGAGGAACUCCAGCAGCUGUCAGCAGGCGACCUGAGUGGGUUUACUGUGAGCUCCCAGGCUUCAGGAGGCGGAUACGGGGGCGGGGACUCUCUUGCCCUGGGCUCAGCACGGGAGGACCAAACCGCUAUUCUGACCGACGCCGGUGACGCAGGUAUCUCGGGCAUUGGAAGCGGGGUUUCCUUCGGCAGUGCACCUGGAGUGUCCGUACCAGCUCUUUCCGGAGGAGGUAUCCCAAGCGAUGCUGUUCGGAUAGGCGGCCCCAGCGGAGGCAGCGGCCUGCAGAUCCUGAACAGCGUCCGGUCAAGCGCCGCAGGUGAUGAGAUCCUCGGACUCGCUUCCCUCGAAUCGGCGGCCGACGGAUUCGACUUCAGCGACAGCCUUAGGAGACGCUCAGUACCCGCGCAGAGAACCUGAACCUCUGCCUGCACCCCCCUGUCUCUAGUCUUUCCCUCCAUGGCGGCGCUGUCUGGACAGUCUCGGUGCCUCACAUCCGUCGCCUCGUAGCAGCCGCACUGUGACUGGCCCUCGACAAUGGAUGUAAGAAACACAUUCGUGAAGUAAAAUCUUGUUCAAGAGGACUUUAUCCUUCCGUGGCUUUACGCAGUGAGGAGGACAAACCGACCUGCUCACUGGGGAUGGUCACUGGAGAUCCUUCGCCCUCCCGUGGAGAACGGCAAUUGUUUGACUUAUCCUUCAUGGACAGUUUCAUCUCCCGGGAGGACUUCAACUUCGCACACGUCCUCACUUUAUGAAGGGCGUGACUGCAACAUCCUGGCGCCGGUCCGCCCGGGGUACAGGAUGAAGGGUCGCGCUAUUUAAGUUAUUGUGUUCCUGUCUGAAUCUGAUUGUGAACACCUGUAAAUAAAAACCCUCUUUUUACGUCAACGAGAUUCUGUCCGUGUUGGACGUUCAUUGUCUGAUGGAUACCUCGACUAUUCACCUUUGAUGUCCUUCUCGACCACAAUCUGUUAACGUUUUUUUAUAUUUUAUAAAUGUACCUAUUCCGUGUUCGACAUUGUUUCCUUGUUGAUUGUCGACAUAAAUUUUGUAUUAAUAGUAUUUUCUCCAACUCCCCAUUCCUUCCCUUGAAAAGGAAAUAUUUUAUUAACGUUUAUGUUUAUAUCAGUUAUUGUCUAUUCAUUAAUGACCUAGAAUCAAGUGCACCUCCUCCUUUUCCGCCUCCCCAUCUCUCCCUCUGACUUUCAUUCCGCCAAGUGGCCAAAACCGGUUUAAAGCCAAACCACUUUUUCCCCUCGAUGGCAUACCCAGAUGCCAACGCCGAGCUUUCUCCCAACUUUCUCUCGCCUCUUUAUCACUGGUAAAAGGUCCUUCUUUGUUUCAUGAGGAAACUCAGUUUGUCUUUAUGAUUAAGUUUACUUUUUAUACUAAGGGAAAUAUAUGCUCUUAGGCCUUUUGACAAGGCAAGGUAGGCUAGAAGCCCAUCCACGGCAGUAUGUAAUAUCUCAGGAAGGUGAUUCAAAAGAAAAAAAAAAAGUAUUUAGACGAAUAUUAUAUAGAUACUGAUAUAUAUGACUAUAUAAAAAGCAUCAUAGAACACCUUACUAGCGAUGGAAAAAUAGUGAUGUCAGAAAGCAUGAAAUUUCUUUCUCUGUUGUGGGCAGCUGUGUUGAACCCCAAGGUCGACGCGAUUGCCCGUUAGCUUAUCGCGCUGAUCGACACCUGGACGAUUGGAUUUAUUUCAUUCUUCGAAAGUUCGAGGAAUCUCUGCUGAUGACACCAUUAUUCUGCUAUCCAGUCGACAUAGCUUUAAGAUCGAGAUUAGGCUCCUAGUUAAUUUCUUGUGUGUAACGAAUUGCAAUAAAAACUGAGAACUG